AUGCCGUUUGAAGUUGAAAUUGUGGUUGAGAAAGAUGAUGAUGAGAUUGAGGUUACUGGAGAGUCCAAGAAUGCUACAGAGAGGGAAGCGGAGAUAACCCAAAAAGUUGUCCCCAUGCCUAGACCUCCACCUCCAUUCCCACAGAGGUUGGUGAAGAAGAAUGGAGAAGAAAAGUACUGCAGGUUUAUUGCUAUGUUGAAACAACUUUCCAUUAAUGUUCUGUUGAUAGAAGUUUUGGAGCAAAUGCCUGAGUAUGCAAAGUUCAUGAAAGAUUUUGUGACUAAAAAGAGGGCCAUCAGUUUUGAAGAUUAUGAUAGAUUGCAACAUUGUAGUGCUAUUGCUACGAGGUCACUUGUGCAGAAGAAGGAGGAUCCUGGGGCUCCAAAACCGACUGUGAUGCGAUUGCUCAUGGACGAUAGAAAUAUGAAGAGUCCCAUUGGUGUGCUCCAAGAUGUACUUGUUAAAGUGGAGUCUUUUAUCUUUCCAGCGGAUUUUGUGAUCCUUGAUUGUGAGGUCGGUUUUGAGGUUCCCAUCAUACUUGGGAGACCAUUCCUUGCUACUGGGCGUGCCUUAGUCUAUAUGGAGAAGGGGCAGAUGAAGUUUCGAUUGAAUAGUGAAGAGGUAACUUUUAAUAGCUGUAGGUCCAUGAAGCAGGAAAGUGAUCUCAAGACAGUGUCAGUGGUGACUCAUAUGGUGGAGCGAGGUUCUAAGGUGUCUAUUGAAGAGCGAUUGGGUGUUGAUACAUUGGCAGCAGUUAUGAUAAAUUUUGAGGGUGAUGGUAUUGAAGACUAUGAUGAAUUGGUCGCCGCACUUGAUAGGUUCGCAUUCCGUUCCAAACCGAAGAAAUUGGAGUUAGAUAUGAAGAAUGGCGACUCUCCACCUGCAAAAUUGUCUGGUGAAGAGGAUCCAAAAUUGGAGCUUAAGGUUCUACCGUCACAUUUGAGGUCUGUAUUCUUGGGGAGAGAUGGUACUUUAACGGUCAUCUUUGCGGCUGAUUCGAAUGCAGAACAAGUUGAGGCUUUGGUUUCUGUGUUAAAAAGGUUCAAGAGGGCUAUUGAGUGGACUAUUGCGAACAUUAUUGGGAUUCCUCCUGGCAUUUGUUCUCAUAAAAUCCAAAUCAUGCCAGAUCAUAAACCUAGUAUUAAGCACCAAAGGAGACUAAGUCCGCCUACGCAAGAGUGUGUGCCCAAGAAAGGUGGGAUGACUGUGGUACCUAAUGUGAGAAAUACAUUUGUUCCGAUGUGGCCCAUGACUAGAUGGAGAGUAUGCAUGGACUACCGAAAAUUGAAUGCUUGGACAGAAAAGGACCACUUCCCUAUGCCAUUCAUGAAUCAGAUGUUGGACCGGCUUGCGGCAUUUGGAGAGUUAAAGGCAAAACUAGUUUCUGAACCUGUCAUUAUUUCACCAGAUUUGUGGCAAGUGUUUGAGCAAACUCUAAAUGUGUCUCAAAAGAACUAUAUAGUGACUGAACAGGAACUCCUUGCUGUGGAUUCAAAACCUAGGUUGAUCAGAUGGGUGUUGUUGCUAGAGGAGUUCAAUUUUGAGGUGAAAGAUAGAAAAGGGAUAGAAAAUCAAGGUUCCGAUCACUACUCUAGAUUACAGGAAGAAGCUAUGCUCAAGUUAGGAGAUGGGGCUGAAAUUAAUGAUGUUUUCCGAAAUGAACAAGUAUUGUCCGCUUCUCAUGAUCUGAUUCCUUGGUUCGCAGACUUUGAUAACUACUUGUUAAGUGAUCUGGUCCAUUUGUAUAUUCUUGUUGCGCUUGAUUAUGUGUCAAAGUUGGUGGAAGCAAUUGCACUUUCCAACAAUGAAGGAGAAGAUGAAGAGUAUCACGAUCAAAAGAUUGGAAAUCGCAAAUUUGUUGUGGGUGAUUUGGUACCACGGCUACCAAGAUAUAGAACUCCCAGCAAUUUGGGGGUUCAAACGGCGGGAAAAGUCGAGGUCACCGACUUGUUCGGCGAGUCGUUAACUGAGCCUUUUGUUCACCGAGUUUUACAAAGUUCCUCAUCAGGCUGGGUGGUUCCAACGGUUGUCCAAGUUGGGCUUCGCCAACCUGUUUGGCGUGUCGCUGACUGGACUUUUGCUUGCCAACCUACCCAGUUUCAAAAACCUUUCACUACCCGUUAUUCAAAACAAAAACUAAAGAAUCAAAAACAUGGGUUGCCUCCCGAUGGCUCAAUUAAUCACUAUUGA